AUGCAUCUCCCGUGGUGGAUGGUGUGUGAAAGGGCUUUGUUGGUCAGAGUGGCCCAGAAUGCCAAGGUAUCUGGUUUCCAGUACCUGCCAGCCCUGUCCGACAAGAAGACAUGCAAUAUCUGCCAGAUGCUGCUUCCUAACCAGUGCAGUUUUGCAUCACACCAGAGAAUUCAUCAGCAUAAAUCUCCAUACACGUGUCCCGAAUGUGGAGCAAUCUGCAGAUCUGUCCACUUCCAGACCCAUGUCACUAAGAACUGCCUGCAUUAUACCCGAAGAGUUGGGUUUCGCUGCGUGCAUUGCAAUGUUGUGUACUCUGAUGUGGCGGCACUCAAGUCUCACAUUCAAGGUUCUCACUGUGAAGUCUUUUACAAGUGUCCUAUCUGUCCCAUGGCUUUUAAAUCUGCUCCCAGCACACACUCCCAUGCCUACACACAACACCCGGGUAUCAAGAUAGGCGAACCAAAAAUAAUAUAUAAAUGCUCUAUGUGUGACACUGUGUUUACUCUACAACCUUUGCUCUAUCGCCACUUUGAUCAGCACAUUGAAAACCAGAAGGUGUCUGUUUUCAAGUGUCCAGACUGUUCUCUUCUGUAUGCACAGAAACAGCUUAUGAUGGAUCACAUCAAGUCUAUGCAUGGAACUUUGAAAAGUGUUGAGGGGCCACCAAACCUGGGGAUAAAUCUGCCUCUCAGUACUAAACCCACAACUCAGAACUCAGCUGGUCACAACAAAGAGGAUGCAAAGUCUGUCAACGGAACAGAAAAGUUGGAGAAGAAAUCUCCCUCUCCCAUAAAGAAAGCGGAGCCUAAAAAAGUCGCUAAUCCUGGCUGGACGUGUUGGGAGUGUGACAGGCUCUUCACUCAGAGAGACGUUUACAUCUCUCACAUGAGGAAGGAACAUGGAAAGCAAAUGAAGAAACAUCCAUGUCGACAGUGUGAUAAAUCUUUCAGCUCAUCCCAUAGUUUGUGUCGCCACAACCGUAUCAAGCACAAAGGCAUCAGAAAGGUUUAUACGUGCUCGCACUGCCCAGAGUCGAGGCGGACUUUCACCAAGCGGCUGAUGUUGGAAAAACACAUUCAGUUGAUGCAUGGCAUUAAAGACCCAGAUGUGAAAGAAAUGACAGAAUCGGCCAGUAUGGAAGAAAGGGAAGUAAAAGAAGACACAAAGGUUCCCAGUCCAAAGCGUAAACUGGAAGAAGCUGUACUGGAAUUCAGGCCUCCACGGGGUGCAAUCACGCAGCCGCUGAAGAAGCUAAAGAUAAAUGUUUUUAAAGUUCACAAGUGUGCUGUCUGUGGCUUUACCACAGAAAAUCUCCUCCAGUUUCACGAACAUAUUCCUCAGCACAAAUCUGAUGGCUCUUCAUACCAAUGCAGGGAAUGUGGACUGUGCUACACAUCUCACGUGUCUCUCUCCAGACACCUCUUCAUUGUACAUAAGCUGAAGGAGCCUCAGCCUGUAUCAAAACAAAACGGGUCAGGAGAGGAUAAUCAGCAAGAAAACAAACCCAGCCAUGAGGACGAAUCGUCCAACAGUGUGGCGUCAGAUAGAAGGUGCAAAGUGUGCGCAAAGACUUUUGAAACGGAAGCAGCCUUAAACACUCACAUGAGAACACACGGCAUGGCCUUCAUUAAGUCAAAAAGAAUGAGCUCAGCUGAGAAGUGAUCCAAGCAUUCGGGACACAGAGACCUGUCCACACUGCAAUACUAAGGACAUUUUUGCUAUGGAAA